UCGCUGUUGAUCCUCUGCUCUUCAACACGAUAGAUUUGAUGCUGAUGUGGCUCAGAAUGGCUCCUGCUCUUCAUCUGAUCUUUCUGCUCAUCAUUCACAGGGUUUCUGCUGCUGAAUGGAGUACGAAAUACAAUGCUACAGAAAUCUGUGCCCUACAGAACUCAACAAUGACAAUCAGCUGCACUUUUACACACCCUGAGGGAUUGCAGAUCAUGAGAGCCUUCUGGAACAAAAACGAGGUAAAACAUGAUGGAGAGCUUACAGAUCUGUCUGAGGACCCUGAAUACAGUCAGAGGCUUCAGUAUCUGGGAGAUAAACAGCACAACCGCACCGUCAGACUGAGUCAUGUGACAAAGAAAGAUGAACACGAGUAUUAUUUCAGAAUUACUACUAAUGUAUCAGCUCAAAAAUGGCUUGGUAAACCAGGAGUGCGUCUCUCUGUCACAGAUCUUCAGCUGGAGUCUCCUGAGAGAGUGACAGAGGGAGAUUCAGUCCGUCUGACAUGUAAAAGCAGCUGUAAACUGACUGACACACCAACAUUCAUCUGGUACAGAAACUCACACACAUUGACUAAUAUUGGAGAUGAACUCAACAUCAGGUCAGUCAGUAGAACAGAAGCAGGACACUACAGCUGUGGUGUGCAGGGACAAAUGUACAUCUCUCCUGCUGUUUAUCUCGAUGUCACAUGUAAGUUUUUAUCUGUUUUACCUUUUAGUGUUUACCUGUUUAAAACAUACAGACUUACAAUAAAUAUGAAAGCAGUCGAGCUAAAGAAUGCUCCAGAUACUCCUGUGAUCUUCCUCAGUGGAUCUGCUAUAAUAAAGGAGGGAGAUUCAGUGACUCUGAUGUGCAUCAGUCACUCAAAUCCUCCUGCUCUGAACUUCAGCUGGUUUGAGGAGAAUCAAAGCUCAGCUGUUGGAUCUGGACAGAGUUUCAGUGCAGUACAGAGUGGACGCUUCUACUGUGAGGCUCACAAUCCACAUGGAGCUCAGAGAUCAGACGCCGUCACUGUCACUGGUGAAGCUUUUAUCAUCACACUCCUGUAA